AUAGCAUCAGUGGUCACCAUGGAGACUAAUGUGCCCAGCAAAGAAUGAAAGCUGCAAAGGCUUCCUUCCUUCCUUCCUCGCUAUUCAUUUAAUAUGUUGAAUUGAAAGAAUAAGCCAAUGAAAGCUUGGAGCAUUGAGAAAUAAUACAGAGGGAGUGAAGUACUUGUCUCAAGAUUAAUUUCUUAGAUAUAAUACUCUCAUCCCAAAUUAAAAUGAAUAUUCUGCUGUGAACUGCCCUACAGUAGGAGGAAUAAUAUUGAAUUAAUUUCAGAUUUGGUGGUCCUGUAUAAGUUGUGAAAAUCCAAAAUCAUUUGAAGAUGGAAUUAGGGCCACCAGAUGUGAUGGAGCGCAAAGGAGCGCUGACCUUGCGCUCCAAUUCAGCAAAUUAUGGGAGACCAACUCUUGUGUCUGGCUGGUCCCAGAAUAGAGAGGCUGAACCUAAGGAUUAUGAUAUCCAUCAAGUUCGUUUGGGUUCUAAAAACCUAUGUCAGUCUACUUACUGGAGAUUUGGAAACAUGGAUCAAAAAUGGAUAACAACAUAUCAAGAUUAUCUGUCAUCUCCCUGUAGCAAAAAAGAAUAUAAAGAACUAGAGAUUUUGAAACCUUUGCUGGAUGAAGAUGGCUUUCACACAAUUGUUGUUGACCGGGAAACAGGGCUACCUGAAACAGGUUUUGGUGCUGUAUUACCACGCCACCCACCAGAGAAGUUUAAAAUGUUUAUGGAUACGUCAUACCGAUUAGACUAUUGUCCACCAUAUGACUAUAUACCAUAUGUUACACCUGAUAUGGUCGGGUACUCUGUAGUACAUAGAAAAUGUCAUUCCCAGUUUACCGACACAGCAGAUUACAGGAGACAUGGGAUCAACACAUGGCAAGAUGAAAGCGGAGUUUAUGCUAAUGCAGAUCUAAAGCAGAAAGUAUUUCCUAUAACUAAUCCUAUACCAAUAAAUGUGGAAGAAGCUAAUUCUUAA